GCACCGCAUGACGACCCAGUUCGCAUCUGGGCUUUCGUCGUCGCGAUCGACGUCUACCAGCAUUCGCAGAUCAAGAAUCUUGGUGGCUGUGUGAGCGACGGCGACGACUUCUGCGAUUACCUCACGAACACCUUGAGGGUCCCUGGCAACCAGACCGUCCGGCUGACGAACGAGAGGGCGACGCGUACACACAUCAUCGACACCUUCUUCUCCCACCUUAUCCACAACCCAAAUAUCGAACGGGGCGACGCGAUUAUCAUCUACUAUGCAGGCCAUGGCGACCGCAGGAGCGCACCCUCGAGCUGGAACACCACCGAUGGUCGACUGAAUAUGGUCGAGUUGAUCUGUGCGCACGACGAAGGAAUGCCAGACGAGGGAGGUCAGCCUAUCAUUGGCAUUCCUGACCGGACGUUUGGGGGCCUGAUGCGCCGGCUGGCUCACGAGAAGGGAGACAACAUCGUGGCCAUCUUCGAUUGCUGCCAUUCUGGAGGCAUGCACCGCAGCGGG